GAAAUGCCCCACGCACACACACACACCACGACCACCCCCGACCAGUUCAUUUAACACCCGUACGUAAAAGUUUACUCGGCAAAUUGUCUCGCGAGUGAAGGGUUAAUGGAGGUUUGACCAUAGUCGCUCAGUGGGCUGAAUUCUGUAAAUGACUUCAAGGAAAAAAAAGAGGAGUUGUAACGUGGGUACAGCCCACUGGAGUUCUGACAGAAGUGGACCUGCGAGGAGACGCGGGGCGUUCGCACACAAUUGAAGAGAUUCCACUCUUCAAUUGUUCACGUACACGACGUUUUUUUUUUUUUUAGGCGUGUAGUUCGGUUGCCAUGGCGAUUGCGUCUCUCGUCUUCUUCUAUCUUUCCCACGGACUAUUCCAAGUCAUCGGCGGACAAGAGCAGCAGCCCGCGCCGGCGCACGCCGGCCCUUGGCGCCACCGCAUCCAAUGGGAAAACAACGGGCAGAUCCACAGCCUGAUGAGCACCGGCUCCGAGUUCGAGUCCCCGGCGCACGUCUACGUCAGCCGCCGGGACCGAGCGACGGGCGCAGCGAGGAUCCCGCCCGGAUCGCGUCGGGCGCGCACCGGACGACGCCGCGGCGCCCCGGUGGACUUGACUCGGGAUUCCCUCGGGUGGGACGACGGUAUCCCCCCCGCGGAGGCUUCGCUGCCGCGCGGCCGCCAAGGAAUAGCUUUCGGCGCGCUCCCCGACGCGCUCUCUCCCUUCGGCUACUCGGCGGGAGACCCGGGCCCCCCGGCGCCGUACCACCCGCUGGGGGAGAACGCUUCCGACGAGGCGGAGGGCGUGUUUAACGACGACUCGCUUCAGCCCCACGGCAAUUCGGUGUUGUACAACAUGUACCCCUCCGGAGGACGGGCGGGGGCCCGCGGGCGACGACCCCCGGACGCGGGAUACGGGACGAGAUACUUCCAAAACGGGCUUCCUGAUCUGGUGCCAGACCCGUACGCCAUCCAAGCAGGCGCCUACGUCCAGCGCAUGCAGAUGUUUGCAUUACGCUGUGCGGCGGAGGAGGACUGCUUGGCCAGUUCGGCCCACAGACCGUCAGUGAGCGACAUCGACUUUCGGGUGCUCCUCCGGUUCCCGCAAAAGGUGAAGAACCAGGGCACGGCCGACUUCCUUCCGUUGAAGCCCCGGCAUCAGUGGGACUGGCACAGCUGUCACCAACACUACCACAGCAUGGAGGCCUUCAGCAACUACGAGCUCCUGGACGCCGUCAGCGGCCACAGAGUGGCCGAAGGACACAAGGCCAGCUUUUGCCUGGAGGACACGGCCUGCGACGCGGGGGUCCGACGGCGCUACGCCUGCACGGCUCACACGCAGGGACUGAGCCCGGGCUGUCACGACCUCUACGCCGCCAACAUCGACUGCCAGUGGAUCGACAUCACUGACGUCACGCCGGGAAAUUACAUCUUGAAGGUCACCGUUAAUCCCGACUUCCAUGUACUGGAGUCGGACUUUGCCAACAACGUGGUUCGAUGCGACGUCGCGUACACGGGCGUUUACGUUCAGACACGCAACUGCCAAGUGACAAGGGGGUGAAGAUUCUUUCAAUUUCAACACAUACUCUUCUGAUAUGAUUUUUU